AUGGCUGCUCUUCGGAUACUGGUGCCCGUAAAGCGGGUCAUUGACUUCGCCAUAAAACCCCGCAUCAACAAAUCUCAAACAGGUGUCGAAACGGCCGGUGUCAAGCACUCCCUCAAUCCAUUCGAUGAGCUUUCCAUAGAAGAAGCAGUGCGCCUACGCGAACGCAAAGGUCCCAUGUCUGUUUCCGACAUCCUUGCUAUCUCCGCCGGCGGGCCAAAAUGCGUAGACACCCUCCGAACCGCUAUGGCCAUGGGAGCAGACCGAUCAAUCCACGUCGAUAUACCCGAGAAACCAGACCAGGCAGGCCUAGAGCCAUUGACUGUGGCCAAGCUGCUGAAGAAUGUUGUCCAAAGGGAAAAUAUCAACCUGGUGCUUUUAGGCAAACAGGCUAUUGAUGGAGAUCAGGGACAGACGGGCCAGAUGCUGGCCGGCCUCUUAGGCUGGCCACAGGCAACCCAAGCGAGCAAGGUUGAUGUGAAAGAUGAUGCGGGUAUCGUAGAGGUCACGAGAGAGGUUGACGGCGGCGUGGAGACGCUCAGGGCCAAGUUGCCCAUGGUGAUUACCACAGAUUUGCGGUUGAACGAGCCGCGCUAUGCGAGUUUGCCGAACAUUAUGAAAGCAAAGCGGAAGCCGUUGGAAAAGAAGACUUUGGCAGAUUAUGAAGUUGAGGAUACAAAGAGGCUGAAAACUUUGAAGGUUACGGAGCCACCCGCCCGACAGGGAGGCGGCAAGGUAGAAGAUGUUGAUGGAAUGAUCUCCAAACUUAAAGAGCUUGGUGCUCUAUAA